GCUUUUGCGGUUGGCCUAGGUUGCAAAACAGCGAGCACAGGACUGGAGCAAUCCACGGGAGCAAUCGCUGUCGUUGGCCUGGAGACUGCCCCGUUUCAUGAAGUUGAAUCUGUUAUGCUUGCAAUAGGUACCAUUAUGCUGUAGGCAAAAAACAGCAACGACAAGACAAGUGCACCUUCUGCCGACAUAAUUUCUGUGCCCCGACAUAGGACAACGCAGCACAGAAACAACAUCUGACAAGUUAUAAUCUUGGAUCAGCUGCCCCGGCGAGAGAAGGCGCAUGGACGGGGCCGGCGGGGGCAAGCGGGGGCGGGAGCCCGCUGCAUACGCCGCCGGACACGAUAUGAGCAUGAAGCAAGCUCGGCCAGAUGAAGCGGCGAUGUAUGCAUACGGCGCAUAUCAAUAUGGCUACGGGCAGCCCGCAUACGGUUACAUGCAGCAGCCUAUGCCAGUCCAAGGGGACAUGAUGCCAAUGGCUCUGCAGAUGCAGUACCCCAUGCAGGUGCAGCAGACACAGCAGGGAAUGGGAAUGGGCAUGGGGAUGGGCAUGAGCGGCAUGCAGGGAUCAGGCGACGCUGCGGCAGGUGCCGGUGGUGGCACCAUGCAGAUGCAGCCGUCGCAGCUGCCACAGGUGGCUGCCGGGGCCCCCGCACUGCAGCCAGCGCCAAUGCAGCCGCAACAGCUGCAGCAGCCGCAACAACCGCAGCAGCAACAACAGCAACAGCAGCCGCCCAUGCAACAACAGCAGCAGCAGCAGCCACACAUGCAACAGCAACAGCAGCAGCCAAUGCUGCAGCAACAGCAGCAGGGCACGCAAGGACAGGCGGUCGGUGUCAACAGUAACCUGGCGGCCGCGCUCGCCACGCUCAGCCAGAGCCAGCUCACAAACUUGGCUGGGCUGCUGGGGACAGGGCAAGCCACAAAUGUGCCACAGCAAGGACAGGCAGCGGAGCCGGCGGGGCAGCAGAAGCAAAGCGCGCCAGUUGCUGAGGUGCAGCCGCAGGCACAGCAGCAGUACCCCCAGUACGUGCAGCAGCAACAGCAGCAACCGGCUGUUCAGGGCUCCUCUAUGCAAGGCCAGCAACUGUACGGCGGUGGCAUGCAGCCGCCGCAGCAGCAGCAGCAGCAGCAGCAGCAGCAGCAGUACCAGCAACAAUUGUAUCAGCAGCAACCGCAGUCGUACGAGCAACAGCAAUACCAACAGUGCCCGCAGCAGCAGCAGCAGCCAUACCAGCAGCCACUCCAGCAGCCGCAAGGUGCGGCGCAGCAACAGGCAGUGCAACCGCAACAGCAGCAGCAGCAGCAGCAGCAGUACGUUCAGACACCGUACCAGCAGCCGCAGCAACAGGCGCAGACGCAGUUACAACAGCAGCAGCAACCGCUGCCGCCCCAGCAGCUGCAGCAGCCGGGCUCAACACACGCUGGUGCGGCUUCCAACCAAACCAGCGGCGGCGGUACCGCCCCCAGUCAGCAGCCGCAGCAGCUGCAACAGCCACAGCAACAGGCGCCGCAGCAGCAAAAGGCGGCUGCCGGCACCGGCACAAGCGGCCCCACGCUGUUCAUUCCCGCGGACGCCACCGCCUCGCUGUACAUCGACAAGCUGCCGCUGGACGUGACGCGGCGCGAGAUGUCACACAUCUUCCGCAACCUGACCGGCUUCAAGGCCUUCCGCCUGGUGUUUAAGGACACCGCUCGCGAGAAGUCCGUCAAGUGCUUCGUGGACUUUGCGGACGUGCAGACCGCCUCGCACGCGCUCAAGGCACUCAGCGGCUACCAGCUAGACACCGAUCUGGAGUCCUCCAUGAUCAUCUUCCCCGAGUACGCCCGCCCUCUCAAGGAGUCCAGCAAGGCGGGCGGCCGGGGCGGAGGCGGAGGCGGUACAGUGCUGGACCCGCCGCCACACAGCGCGAGCGUGCUGGCAGACGGCAACGUGCGGGUGGACGGUGGUCCCGGCCCGGGUAUGGGCGGCAGCGGCAUGGGGAUGGGAGCAGGCAUGGGCAGCGCUGGCGGAGUGGGAGGCGGCGGCGGCCGGCCAAACACGCCCGGCGCGCCGGGUAGCGGCGCCGGCGCAGGUGGGACCGGUGUCAGCGGACCGCCUUCUGGAAGGUCAGAUGGCGGGACGUACAUCGACGGCAGCUAUACGACGGGCUUCGACGGUGGGCCGGGCGGACCUGCCGGCGGCAGGCCUGCUCAAGCCAUGAGCAUGGGGCCGGGCAUGGGGCCGGGCAUGGGUCCGGGCAUGGGGCCGGUGCCCGCUGGACCCAUGGUCAUGGUCAUGGGCCCGGGGCCGCAGGGCAUGGGACCGGGUGUGGGACCGGGCAUGGGAUCUGGAAUGGGCCCGGGCCCAGGUAUGGGUCUGGGCCCUGGCACGUUGGGCCCACAAGGCAUGGGGCCAGGCCCGCAGGGCGGCAUGGGACUCGGCAUGGGGCCCGGCAUGGGGCCCGGCAUGGGACCUGGCAUGGGGCCAGGCAUGGCGCCCGGCAUGGGGCCCGGCAUGGGGCCCGGCAUGGGACCCGGCAUGGGGCCAGGCAUGGCGCCCGGCAUGGGGCCAGGCAUGGGACCUGGCGUUGGUAUGGGCGGUCGGGGCGGUGGUGCCAUGGGCAGCGGGCCUAUGGGCGGCCAUGGCCGGGCAGGGCCGGGUGGGGUGGCCGGAAAUAAGGGGCCGGGCAUGGGCCCCGCUGGUGGCCGCGGUCCCGCGCAGGGCGGCCGCGGCUCAACGCCAGGCGGUCGUGGCGGGUCCAUGGCUGGUCCGGGAGGCAUGGCUGAGGGGCAGAUGGGUCCGCCGGGGCCGGGAGGGCUCAUGCGGAUGGGCGGUCGGGGUCCGAUGGGUGGGCCCAUGGGCAUGCCAGCUCGUGGUGGGAUGCCAGGGAUGAUGGGGCGCGGACCAGGGCCGAUGGGCCGCAACGGCAUGGGCCGCGGAAGGGGCGGACGCGGCUGAGGAGAUGAGCUGCGGCAAGAGUGCACGUUACAAGGCAGGUACUGGGGCAUCACGGCAGGCAUAUGAGCAGGGCCAGCCUGCAUGCUCAGGGCUUGUUAAGCGCUAGGGCGGGGAGCUCAACGCUGAUAGGUGAACAUGGGUGGGGUUAUAGGCAAGAUGCUGGGCUGGCCAUAUAGCGUAGCGUGUAGGUUCGGUGGAGGCGAGCUGCCGUACAAUUGGGCGGGACAAGCCAGGUGUCUGGUAGCAUUCCUACUACAGGCUAGGCCCUGCUACUUGACCUGAGUGUGUGAUGGGACAGGGUUUAGGCAGGUUGGCGAGGUCCCGUAGGGUGUAGCUGACGCCCAUACCCCAAGCAGAGUCACGUUUGGACGUCACUGUUGUUGCGACGGGCAAUGCUUGAUUUCUAGGGGAACUGCGCUGACUCUUGGUAAGGGCACGGAGGUGAGGCCAGAUGCGACCGUGUGGUGUCAGAGUCCCUUGCGCGCGGCUUGGUUAGCGCUUGACGGAGACGGAUCAUACUGCUGGUUGAGCGCACGUAGGGCGUCUAUUGCUGUACCUGCCGUUGUGUGUCGGUCCGUUGUUGCUUUCAUCCUGUUGACACCUUGGUUGACACCUGAUCCACCCUCCCUGGUGCCGCUGCGGCUUGGCGUGCCGCGCCGAGGUAGGGCCUGGGUGCGACUGACGUGAACUAGCAUGCCUACGUACGCGCGACAUACAGGAGCCUGUAGCAGCGUCGGCCGCUCGCACACGGUCAACAGGGCGACCGGGACUAGUUGUCACGUGGGCGUGUGGCUAUUGGCGGCCCUGGUGCUGAGUGCUUGCUGCGAGGCCGUAGCUGUGAGGCGGCGACGUAUCGGGGCUGGUACCAAUGCUAAUACUGUCAGGCCGCAGCACUGCAUCAAAGAGGCAACCUUGGGGCCACUAGCUGUUGUUUGUGGCGACAGCCGUGAGGCUGUUUACCGCUACAUGGUGAUGAGGAAUCAGGGGAUAAUGGACGCUAGCCUGUGAUAGUUCGGACACGUUGUAGAGCCCGGUGAAGGGUCAAAUCGAGGUACGAUGCCUGAGGCCUGAGGGGCCAGGAGUGUUCACGACCGACGUGUACCGUACCACCACACAGGCACGAGGCACCCCAAAGCAGAGACUUUGGUUGCCUGGCGCGAGACCUCGUGUCAUAUGUCGGCCAGUACAGAAUUGACGAGCUGCACACCUGCACCGAUUAGAAGUAGACAACAGGUUGCGCCAUGCGCGCUCAGUUGCUGCUACCGGCAAGGUGCGUGACUCGUGACCACUCCGCCGCAAAUUCUACUGCCGAGGGUUCGGCGCUGACCUGGGGCCAGGGCCAAACGGAUGGGGGCUAUCCAAGUUAUGUGAACUACAGUUCAGUUCCGGCCACAUCUUAUGCAACACCUCCAC